AUGGCAAACUCGCUACGGGAACGUAUCACCCACGUCGGCGCAGAUCUCAAAGCGAAGUCGAGACCUGACGGCUGGGUAUUGCCCAAAGAACGAGCAUCCUUCGCAGAGGAAGACGACUGGACGAAUAUCGAUCAAGAUGUCACACCUCUCGAGCGGCGAACAUGGACGUCAUGGACGAUUCUGGGUUUCUGGAUGUCCGACGCAAUGAAUGCCCAAGGUUGGGCGGCGCCCAGCUCUAUUAUCGCAGUCGGUCUGACAUGGCGAGAGGCUGUCUAUUGCAUCAUCAUCGGUUCAUCGAUCAACGCAGCGGUGUUGGUCCUUAAUGGAGCUAUCGGUGCCCACUUGCAUGUUCCAUUUCCUGUGGCGAUCCGGUCGUCCUUCGGAUUCUACUUUGCACGUUUCGCGGUUGUCAUUCGCAUGAUCACUGCGCUCUUUUGGCAUGCAAUUCAAACCUACGCAGGUUCUACUGCCAUGACUCAGUGCAUCAGAGCCAUCUGGCCGAGCUAUCUGGAAAUACCGAACCACCUCCCAGCCUCUGCAGGCAUUACCUCACAACAGCUGCUCUCACAUUUCAUUUUCUGGAGCAUUCAAUUUCCGUUUCUGCUCAUCCCACCGCACAAGCUGCGAUGGUUUUUCCUUUCUAAGAUCGUCAUUACCAUCACCUGCAGUGUGGCAGUGGUCAUCGCCAUGGUGCAUAAAGCAGGUGGCACUGGCGAUAUUUGGAAUCAGGAGUAUCGAGUAUCUGGGUCUGAUCGAUCCUGGCUCACCCUUUCUAGCAUGAUGAGCAUCUGCGGGCUGUGGGCCACGAUGUCCGUGAACAUUCCUGACUUCACGCGGUACCUGCGGUCUCCGAAAGGCGUCUAUUGGCAAGGUUUGAUUCUGCCCAUGAUCUCCAUCAUACUCGGGCUAUUCGGCAUCAUUUCCACGAGCUGCUCCAAGGUUGUCUAUGGCGAGUAUAUCUGGGAUCCGAUCGAACUGGCGUCUCGGUGGGAUGGACCCUCUGGACGAUGCGGAGCUUUCUUUGUCGGCUUCUGCUGGGUCGUCGCGCAAAUCGGUACAAACCUGUCGGCCAACGUCAUUUCAUACGCCAACGACAUGGUCAGCUUGUUUCCAAAAUAUGUCAAUAUUCGACGCGGGGCAAUCUUUGCAACUAUCAUCGCUGGAUGGGCCAUGGUACCAUGGAAGAUCGUGGCUUCUGCGCAGUCUCUCUUGACUUUCGUGGCAGGACUUGCAGUCUUCCUCGGACCAAUCUCCUCAAUCCUGGCAUGCGACUAUUGGCUAGUCAAGAAGCGGGCCAUCGAUGUUCCCAGCCUCUAUCGACGAAGCGCUCGAUAUGCAUAUACACGCGGAUACAAUUGGAGGGCAGCAGUGGCAAUCUUUGUCGCGCUCAUUCCAAAUUUACCUGGACUUGCUCAGGCCGUGAACCCAAAUAUUGAGCUCGAUGCUGGGAUUCGACAUCUGUACGACAUGAACUACAUCUAUGGAUGCUUGAGCGCAGCAUUUUUGUAUUGGUCACUCUCGCGACUAUUCCCUGCGAGAGAGACUCUACUUGCGACCUCCAUCUAUGAAGAUGACGACGUAUACUCGGCCGAUCAUGGCUCGGAUGAGCACUCGGUCACAGACGGGAAGAAUGUUGUCGAAAUGUCCAUCAAACAGCAACCUGCGUGA